AUGGUAAGCAUUCAUGCGGAUUCUCCUGGAACUGUGAGAAGAACUGCUAAGUGUAGCAAUUUGAUUGUGUUUCAGCUCUCUCAAUUAGCGGACGUCCCAUCUCUUAUCAACAUCGGUACAAAACAAGCAACCGUCUCUGUCCCUGUUGUAAACAGCGCCGCUGUUCUCUCACCCGGGAUCGUUCUCGCAACUCUUGCCUUCUUGGCCUCCUGGAUCGUCUGUGCUGAGGGUGGGGUUGGCCGUCUGCGUCGUACUCUUCGCAACCAUGCAGCGCGGAUUAUUCAAGUCUGGUGGAGACGAUUGCAUGCAACAAACGACUCUGGAUUUCGACAUGUGGUACUUCCAUCUCGCCUUCUUUUCAUAACUCCCGAUGCAUCUAUUGAAGAUCUUCCAACUUCCACUACUACUACAGUUGGAGAUAACCCAAUUCAAUCCAUAAUUUCUCCUGAUUUCCACUCUGAAGAGGCGAAUCACCAUAUCGUCGAAGAUGCUGCUCAAAGGCAUGAUUACUCGAAUAUUUCCCCACCUGCUUCUGGAGACGCUCUCUCCAAAUGCACAGUUUCAACUGACCAGAAAGAUUUUCAUUGCAAAGAGCUAGAUGUUCAGUCUAUUGUGGAGUCUACUCAGCAAAUGGAUUGCGUUCCAAAUAUUUGUGGCGUUACACUCGGAGACAGUUUCGUUGAAUCGGCACCUUUUGAAGGGAAGGCUAGGAUUCAAUCUACACCUCUUGUUUCUGGACAUUCAACUCCGUCUGACAAAAACGGUCGAGAUAGCCAAUCGGAAUCUACUAUGCGAAAGGAUGUUGCUUCCAUUAGUUCAUUCAAAUUCAAUGAUUACUCAGUUCCAGCUGAAUUUUCUUUCCAUGAGAAGAAGGAUUUUAGUAAGGAAUCGAUUGAAUCUGUUUUCACCGAAAACAGAGUAAUUGAUGACUUGGAAAUGACCGCAAUUUCCGUUUUGGCCUCUUUCGCCAAUCGAUCAGCUAUUGAUUACUCACCUGAAUCGGUGGCGGAUAAUCAAAGCGAUGUUGACGAAGAUGAGAGAAAGCAUAAUGCUGCUAUUCGUAUUCAACGGUCUGUUCGGGCGUGGUUGCUAGAACGUCGUAGAAAGGCCUUUGCAGUUGAGGUUCAAUCGGAUGUGAAAUCUUCCCUAUCCAAGAAGGUGAUUGAAAAACGCCAGGCUGCGAACACCCAACGCAGGAGACUGGCUGCUCUGAUUAUUCAAAAUGCCUGGAGAGCGCAUUUGGCUAGAAAACGCUUCCUGGAAAUUCGAGAAAAGGUGGUAGUUCUACAAGCGUUCUGGAGACAGAUUCUUGUUCGUAGAGCUCUAGCUCAGAGACUUGCAAAGGAGCGUUCUGUUGUCAUCAUUCAAUGCUGGUGGCGCAGUAUUCAACAGCGUCGUGUCUUCCUUCUUCAGCGCCAUUCUGCAAUUGUCAUCCAAUCUUGGUGGCGUAGUACUUUGAUGGAGAGAAGACGACAGAAAUUAUUAUCAUUACAGACUACCAGGAUUCAAGCAGCCAUUGUUAUCCAACGACAUGUCCGAACCUUUCUGUCUCGUAGGCGCGAGGCUACUGCUGCUGCUUAUAAAAUGCAACAUUGGUGGCGGGUGUGUUUGCUAAGGAAACGAAUUGACGCUGCUGUUGCCAGAAAUAGAGAAUUGGUGGCUCACAGGAAGAACAGUGCCGUGAGUACCAUUCAAAGGGCUUGGAGAUUAUAUAAACAAAGAAAAGAGCUCAAAGAACGCUCAAUCGUUCAGCAGACUAAUGCUGCUCGCAUCAUCCAGCGUGCUUGGAAAGCCUAUUGCCAGAGACGAAGAUUGGAAAUGGAAGAACAGGCCGCGAUACUAAUUCAACGCAGCUGGCGGGCUUCACGUCUUCGAAUUUGGUUAUACCACCGCCGUAGGGCAGCUCUCGUCAUCCAAGCUGCAUGGCGUGGCUAUAAGGCUCGUUCCUCGGUUGCCAAGGCGACUUCAGUUUGUGCUGCAGCUUUGCGAAAACGCCUGAGUGUGGCGAGCAAGCAGGCCAAAGAGCAGCCUCAGAACCGCCUAGGUGUCAGAGCGCAACGUGCGUUAGCAAAUUUACUGCGCUACACUUCUGUAACCAGUGUGUUGGAUGCUCUUGGUCACCUCGAAACUGCAACUCGUCUCUCCAGGGAAGUUUGUACUUGGCUUCUCACAGUGCCCUCUUCCUCAACUCCUUGCGGCCAUAAUGAGUAUCUUCCACACGUUCUCCUUCGUCUCCUCCACCUCUGCAAUAGAUCUGUCGCCGAUGAGGAGGUCGCCUUGGCAGCCGUCUCCGUGAUGCUCAAUCUUGUCAAUAACGUUGACCACCGGAGACUCGACUCCUCAACUUCUUUUCACAAUAUAUGGUGGCAACAGCAUGAGUGCGAUUCUGCGGAAUUCGGGAGCACCACCAACUCUGGGGACUCUAUUAAUUCGAAGUCCAUUGUGGAGUUUCUUUUUAUCUGCUUGCAGCGACUCUCAAGAAGCAGAAUAGGAACUGGGAGCGUCCGUCUCUUUGCUCGAACUGCAGCUCUUCUAGCCAAGCUCUGCAUUGCUCUUCGGCCCGAUUUUGAGAUUCCCACCCACUUCAUUCGUCAGAUAGAACUUCUCCUACCUUCAGUUCGUCGUCUUUGGUCAGCGACUCUGUCGAGAAAUCCUGUUCGAGCGGAAGUCACAGCUCUCAUUCGGAAUUACAAAGUAACUAGUAGCAGACGUGAAUUUCUUCUACGACGUGUCGACCUGGAGCUGAAUCUAGAGCGUCUUCCAUCGAAGCCAUCGAUUGAUCCUCUGGUAGCCUGUGAGCUUCUUAUGCUCACCCUCCACGAGCAUCGAUUCCGACAGCGUCAGUGCAGCCAUCAUCAUCUAUCAGUUCGGCCUGGUUCUCCAUUUUAG